UGUCCUCCGUUUCUUUCAAAUAAAUAACAAUCUCACACUAUAAAAACCCAUAAUCUAUUCUGCAGAGAUACAUUCAACAAUUAAUCAUGGCGUCUUCCACUUCAAUGUGUUUGGUUUUCUUGACAAUUUUAAUUAGUCAUCCAAUUAGCGGCGUUCAAGUAUAUGAACAACCGGAAUUAACAUCAUCUCUUUUUGCUGAAGACAAUAACGCACCAACAAAAAGGAUUGCCUUAGUUAGACAAUUCUUUACUGGAGGUGGUGCUCAUAUUUCUGGUUCUGCCAGUGGCUUUGGUCAUGGACAAGCUGGAGCUUCAGGCAUCGGUAGCGGUUCAUCUCAUGGAUUUGGCCAAGGACAAGGUUUCAGUAGUACACCUAAUAAUGGCGCAGCAACUUUAGGAGCAAGCAAUUUCAAUAGCAAUAAUGGAGGAUUUAACAAUGGUGCAUUUGGAAGUGGUUCUAGUAACGGAAAUGGAUUUGGUGGGGGAAGUGGAGUAGGAACUACUGGUUGGGGUGGUGGUAUUGGGGAAGGUAAUGGAUUUGGAGGUACUUCUGGUAGUGGAGGAGAAGGUUUUGGAAAUGGUUUUGGAGGAGGAAAUGGUCAAGGGAUGACUGGAAAUUUGGGUAAUAGUGGAGCAUCAGGGGGCAAUAUCGCAAACGGAUUUGGAGCUGGUAGUGGAACGACAUCUGGAAAUGGCUUUGGUAAUGGUAAUGGUUUUGGUUCGGGCAAUAGUGGAACUUCCGGAGCUGCAACCGGAAGUGGAUUUGGAUCAGGUAAUGGCGGGACAUCGGGAGCAGCAUUUGGAAAUGGAUUUGGGGCAGGUAAUGGUGGAACAUCGGGAGCAGCGUUUGGUAAUGGUUUCGGAGCAGGUAAUAGUGGAACUUCUGGAGCAACAUAUAAUGGAAAUGGCUUCGGUUCAGGUAAUAGUGGCAAUUCUGGAGCUGUGACCGGAAAUGGAUUUGGGUCAGGUAAUGGUGGAACAUCGGGAGCAGCAUUUGGAAAUGGAUUUGGGGCAGGUAAUGGUGGAACAUCAGGAGCAGCGUUUGGUAAUGGAUUUGGGACAGGUAAUAGUGGAACUUCUGGAGCUGCAACAGGAAAUGGAUUUGGGGCAGGUAAUGGUGGAACAUCGGGAGCAACGUUUGGUAAUGGAUUUGGGGCAGGUAAUAGUGGAACUUCUGGAGCUGCGACCGGAAAUGGAUUUGGGGCAGGUAAUGGUGGAGUUUCUGGAAAUGGAUUUGGAGCUGGACAAAGUAAUGGAUUUGGAAAUGGUCAAGCAACAGGAUUUGGGGGAGGUUUUGGAUCAGGAACAGCGGAAGGAUAUGGAGAAGGUGAAGGAUUUGGUUCAGGAGCUGCAUUAAAUGGUGGUUUUGGAAACUUACAAGCUCAAAAUCAAAUAUCUCAAUUAGGUGGUGGUGCAGGUGGUCAAGGUGGUGGGCAAUUAGGAGGUGGUGGUGGAUUUGGUUUUGGUGGAACUGGAAACGGGGAUUUCGAUUAAAAAAAAUAAAAAAUAUUUUUGUAAUUAUAUUUAAAUUGAACGAAAUAUUUAUUUAAAUUAUCAACUCUUUAUGUAUUCAAUAAACCAUAUUUAAUAAAUUUUAUUUAUAUACAUUAAGAUAAUUAUACUGUAAUUGUUAAACAUUGAGUUUAUAAGCUCAAAUAAAUUAUGUACCAGUUAAUGUUAAUGUUUAUGUUAACAUAUAUUUAUAAAUUCACGAUUAAACAUUUAAAAACUAAUUGUAAAACUUAA